AGGGAUUAGUUGCGGUGCGGUGAGCUUUCCACCGGAGCUGUUCCCUCGAGGUCCGAGCUAUUGGAGCGACGCUCUAAUCAUCAUCCCUCCGGUCAUGUUUAGAAAAGUCCAUUAAAAAAUAAAAUGGUAAUAAUAGUAAGAAGAAAAGGGUAAAAGUUUUUCCGUCGGUUGAACUGGAGACGGAGAACUCGUCGGCGGCAUCGUCUCGGCGACCACUCUAGGACGACGACGCGCCUAGAGGAACCCUCUAUUAUUUGACACUGUACCUGGGCACCGACGCAUUGCAUCUCUUCGGUGCAACGACCUAACCUACUCUCGCCCACUUUUUGCUACACCUAGGUGGUGCAAGUGCAACGCAUCGCUCGUAGGGGACGUCUCAACAAAUAUUCAGAUUGAUUCUGGCGGUGAAUUGUCAUGUCAGCUCUGAGCUAAAUAUGGUCUCUGGAACUUUACAAACGAAUCGUCUAAUGAGUGAAGAGGCUGAGAACAAUUGUUAUGAUCAGAGUGAGCAUAUUCCAUAUCAAGGCUUUAGUAGACGGGGAAACCUUGGAUCUGAUGGAAGCAGUUCUAGCCCUCGUUAUGAAGAGAAUGGAGAAGCUGACAGUUUGAAUGGCAUGCAGGCAGAUGUCAUAUAUAAAAAGGCAAAAGAUAUGACCUGGCAAGAUAUGUGCAACAAUCAAGUUGAUAUUGAUGAAGAAGAAGAUGAUGAUGACAGUGAUUGGGAGCCCCUGCAAAAGAAUGUUGUAUUCAUGAAGUGGUUUUGCGUCAACUGUACGAUGGUUAACCUUGAUGAUGUUGAGCAUUGUGAUAUAUGUGGGGAACACAGAGAAUCUGGAAUCCUUAAGCUUGGAUUUUUUGCUUCUCCUUUUUCUCAAGCUGCAAGUCUUGCUCAGGUUGAGUCAGGAAUAUUAGAAUUGGGUUCAGAAAGUUCAGCCUCAGAAAACUCUACUGCUGUAGGUUUUGACGAGAGAAUGUUACUACACUCGGAGGUUGAAAUGAAGUCACAUCCACACCCUGAAAGGCCGGAUCGUCUUCGUGCUAUUGCUGCUAGCCUUGCUACUGCUGGCAUAUUUCCAGGAAGAUGCUACCCAAUUUCUGCAAGAGAAAUCACAAAAGAAGAGCUCCAGAUGGUCCAUUCUUUGGAGCAUAUCGAAGCUGUUGAACUCAGUAGUUGUGUUCUUUCUAGUUAUUUCACUCCUGACACAUAUGCUAAUGAGCAUUCAGCACGUGCUGCUAGGCUUGCAGCAGGGUUGUGUGCUGAUCUUGCUUCUGUAAUUUUCUCUGGUCGAGCCAAGAAUGGUUUUGCUCUGGUUCGUCCCCCUGGUCAUCAUGCUGGUGUAAGACAAGCCAUGGGGUUUUGCCUCCACAACAAUGCUGCAAUUGCUGCAUUGUCAGCUCAGGUCUCGGGGGCUAAGAAGGUUUUGAUUGUUGACUGGGAUGUACAUCAUGGAAAUGGCACGCAGGAAAUAUUUGAAUGGAACAAAUCGGUCUUGUAUAUAUCUCUUCAUAGACAUGAAGGAGGAAAGUUCUAUCCCGGUACUGGAGCAGCUAAUGAGGUUGGUACCAUGGGUGCGGAAGGGUAUUCUGUGAAUGUUCCAUGGAGCCGUGGGGGAGUUGGAGACAAUGAUUAUAUUUUUGCAUUUCAGCAUAUUGUGCUUCCAAUAGCUUCUGAGUUUGCCCCUGAUUUAACCAUCAUAUCAGCGGGAUUUGAUGCCGCAAGGGGCGAUCCCCUUGGCUGCUGUGAUGUAACUCCUGCGGGCUACGCACAGAUGACACAGAUGUUGAAUGCUGUCUGUGGUGGAAAGUUGCUUGUAAUUCUUGAGGGCGGUUACAACCUUCGUUCAAUAUCAUCUUCUGCUACUGCAGUGAUUAAGGUAUUACUUGGUGAAAGUCCUGAUUCUAAAUUGGCCAAUUGUGUACCUUCCAAAGCUGGUUUGCGAACGGUUUUGGAAGUCUUGAAAAUUCAGAUGAACUUCUGGCCUGCUCUUGGAUCCAGAUUCACAAAAUUGCAGACACAAUGGGGGGCAUAUUCUUUUGAAAACAGAAAAAAAUGUGCUAGAAAGAGACGGCAAGUUGUUGCACCAAAAUGGUGGAAAUGGGGGCGAAAAAGGUUUUUAUAUCAUCUCCUGUAUGGGCAUCUUCAUUUAAGAUCAAGGAGGUGCUGAAAAACUUUGUAGUUCUUAUUUUUUAUGCACCUUUUUCCUUGUAACUUUCAUGUGCAUCGCUAUGUACCUUUUAGUUGUGGGAUAAUUUCUUUGGUGCUUGAAUUGAUGUCGUCUAAUGUUACGCAACUUCAGAACUUUGUAGAGCUUCACCAAAUUUCUGAGCUGAAGCCCUGUACAUAAAUUAACAAUCCUGACUUCCCAUUA